AUGGACAUGGAGUCCUAUAUAUUCAGCAGAGCGGUCCAGUACAUCCUCGAUACCAUCCGUGGAAGACUUCCUAAAGGAGUGGUAGUGAGACAUUAUCAAGAUGACUUACUUGUAUGUGGUGCCAGUGCUGAUGCUGUGAACCUGGCUCUCGCGGAGUUGAGCUCUAUAUUUACAUCAUACGGUUUCCAUGUCAAUGACAAAAAGACCGUGUUUGCUACUGAUACCAUCGUGUUCUGUGGAUUCCUUCUGAGUAAGGGCUACUAUAAGCCUUGCCCGACGAGGAAAGACCUGUCGAAAGAAGCCGCCGAGGCAGCAUGGCUCGAGUUCUGUGGGUUCAUUAAGAACCGCGCGGAGAGGCAAGCAGCUUGGUUGCGCUCGUGGACAUGCAGAUUCCAGUUCCUGAGAGGCUGGCUUACCCCUCAGUUGAUGGAAGACCUCAAUAAGAUGUGCAGCUACAUCAAGAGCACGCAGAAUGGUAUCGUGGUAUCUGACACAGAUGAGCGGUUGCACGAAGCCUUCGAGCGUUUGUGCGAGCACAUCAUCGCUGGGCGGCUACCAGUUCUACGGUUUGGCAUCCCCGGUCCGCGGUCUCUCGGUACUAUUGUUUGUACAGACGGCAAUAAAGAUUCCUGA